GUAUAAAUUGACAGUGUAACACGUUAUCAUCUGUAUUACGGAAAUUCUAUCUAAAUAUCCUGAAAUAUGAAUCGUGGAUGACGUUCAUAUUUAUACUUUUAUAUACAUCGGAGUAAAUAAUUCAAUUAAGUGAAAAUUAGUUCGUAUUUUCGGGAUGUCGUCUUAACUUGAUUUUAAACGAAUAUAUUUGGUCUAAUUUACCUUGUCAUAAGCUGGUUUCAUGUUCGAAUUCCGUUUUAAAUAGAUCAAACACAAACGCCUUCAAUGAUUCGAAGAUUAUUGCCUCACUUUAGAUUCUUGAAAACGAAUCCUCUCCAAUAUCACAAAUUCUCUACAACCCCUAAGCUUUUAGAUUUAAGUGAAUUUUUCGAUGAUAAGAAGAACUGGGGAGAAGCAACUGUAUGUAGUGGAAGACCAUGGCGCAAAGAAGAGCUUCGACUGAAGAGUAAUGUUGAUUUACAUAAACUGUGGUACGUACUCCUGAAGGAGCGUAACAUGCUGAUGACUAUGGAAGAAGAGCAUUUCCGUUGUUUAGAGCAAAUGCCUAAUCCUGAGCGCUUUGAAAAGGUUGAGGAGAGUAUGGAGAAUCUUUUAAUGGUCGUAGAAGAACGUAACCGUGCAGAAGAUGAAUUAGAAAAAGGUGAAUGGGUUGGUCCAAAGGUCGUGGAGUCAGUAGACCCGUUGGGUCGAGCAGUUCAGACACUGACCAGUGAACAUCUUUCUCCUAAAGUCAUACCAAGUCAUGCACAAUCAGAAGAGUGCAUGUGGAGUGAAAAAACGGUGAAUUUGUUGCGGUUGGAGCGCGAAAAGCAAAUUAUCAGAAUGCGCGAAAAUCAACGAAGGCAGCGUUAUUUCGACAGGCUUAAACACUGGAACAAAAGUGACUAUCUCAACGAAGAUUCGAUUUAAAGCCAAUUGGCAUAAACUUAUGAUAUCUUAGUGUAUAUAUUGUAAAUAAAUACUUUAAUACCUACAUGUGUUGGUCCAGGCAAUUAUAAGCAAAUAUUCUAUGACUUAUACAGUUCCGAAUAUUUUUAAAUUUAAAUCACAAGACUUAUUUCUUAAUAUAAA